UCCUUCUCCGCUGAAACCCGGUGACUUGUAUUCAUGGACGACGUGAUUUUCUGCCGAUCAUUUCGAAAAUAGUGAACGCCAAACAGACAAUGUUAGUGCUUCAGCGUAAGACUGUUUACCAGUCUGUUGGGAAUAUGGUAUAUGGAAGUCAUCCUUCUCAUGCUGUUGUUUCGAUCAGUGGGACAUCAACAACGUAGAGAAGACAUGUGGAAGUUGAGGAAGAUGUACAGCGCCAAACACGUGGCAUUACCUCCAGGACUUCAGGUACACUGACAGGAAGAUGCACAUCCCAAAGACACCCAGGAGAAAGGUUAUAAUCUGUCUCAGUGUUGCAGCUGCGGCAUUGCUGGCAUGCUCCCUGUCAGGCUCCUUCUCUACUGGGAUGACAAAGAUGGCCCAGUGGGCAAACACGGUUCACAAGAAAAGUGUGGACAAGAUGAUCAAGAUGGUUACAACUGACACGGAGAUCCACCUUAACUAUGAUAAUGCUGUGCUCAGACCCGCCUUUAUUUCAGAUUCGUUGAACUCAAAAUCAAAUUCCAAGUCAGGAUUUCUAGAAAGUACAACAGGUGAUGAGAAGAAUACAACUAAACUGAUACUAUGGUAUUUGCGACCAAAUUAUGUCAAACCUACAAAUGAAGGAGAGUUACGUCCCUUGAAGAACUGUCCUCAUUUAAACUGUCGGGAAACAUCGGACGAGAAACUGCUACCUCGUGCAGAUGCCGUUGUAUUUGAUGUUCAUCGUGCAAUUAGAGCUGACAAUAAACCGCCCAGAUACCCAGAACAAACCUGGGUGUUUUACGCUCAAGAGUCUCCAAUCUACGUCAGAUCGAGUGUGUACAGAAUGGACAGAUGGAGGGCUUCUUUUAACUGGACCUGCACUUACCGACGAGAUUCCGACGUGUGGUUACCGUACGGAAUUAUCCGCAAAAAACCAAAAACAGCCAGGAAAGAUUAUCGUAAAAUAGCAGAAAGUAAAACCAAGAUGGCGGGUUGGCUGGUGAGUCACUGUUCAAGUCAGAGCAAGCGUGAAGAGUUUGCCAAGCGACUGGUAGAGCAGGGUAUCCAAGUCGAGAUAUUUGGAGACUGUGGAAAGAAAUGCGGGAACAGAAGUAAAGUUGGAUCAGAAACCUGUGAAGACUUGGCAUCUAGGAAUUAUUCCUUCUAUCUAGCAUUUGAAAACUCUCUCUGUAAAGACUACGUCACUGAAAAGUUCUUCCAUAUGUACAACAAAGAUGUCAUUCUUGUAGCAGGGGAGGGGUCCAGUUUUUGGAAAGCCUCCCAAAGGGAACGUUUAUAA